CUGGUUUUUAUCACAUUUUUUAUUAAAAAAAAAAAGGGACAAAUUCUUCUGGAUUCACAGCUCUAGGACUUGUUGCCUCUGCGGCGGACUAUGACCCCUCGGGGGACAAUUUGGCCGAAGCGGCGGAAAUGGGAAUGGGGGGAAAAGACAAGGAGGCCGAGGCAGAAGUGGCGGCAACUGACACGGUGGCUCAGGCGGGUAGGGACAGGGAAGACGUGGCGGCAGCGGCGGCGGCGGAGGCGGUGUCACAGGAUGUGGGGACUCCCCGGCAGCACUGCAGCGGGAAGCGGCACCGGGUCCCACACGACCCGCAGUUGUUGACGUCCGACGUGACCUCCACGCACCGGUUCCGGCAGCAUUGCCGCCGCCGCUGCCCGCCGGAUUCGCUCGCGCUGCAUACCCAUGGCCUGGUCCCACACCCAGCUUCCCUCUGGUUUUUCUCCCCUGCUGCUGCUACUCUCUUCAGCCAGGGAGACGACGACGACAACGGAUUCGUUGCGGCAGAUGUUUGGAGGAUAGACACCAAAUGAAGUAGUAUCACUACAUGCAUCUUACUUGGGUUGUUUUCUAAGUUUUCUUCAUUAAAAUAAGCAGAACUGACUAUUGGUUGUAUACCAUAUAUAUAUAGUCUAACACUCCCUUAAAUAGGACUCUUUGAGGUUUAGAGGGAUUUAUGAGAUUUAAAAAAAUUCAUCUGUCUAUAAAAAGUUUUGUUUUUUUGUCGACUCAAAAAAUGUCUCAUGAAAGAAAAUAAGAAAGGGGUGUUAUAUUA